AUGACCACAAGGUACGACGAGCGGGGCGUUCAGGCCCGUUACAAUACAGUGCCGCUGCGGCGCCGCUGGUCGGGGCGUGUGUUGUACGGCGCCGUGUGGUCGCAGCUGGCCCGCCUGCUGUCGGCGCGGCCGCCGCCCGCCGCCGCCGCGCCCAACCACGCCACCGACUGCGACGACAGCCUCGGGUACGAGUUCCCGUUCACGCUACGAGUGGUGACGCGGGACGGCGAGUGGUGCGCGCGCUGUGAUUGGCCCGCGCUCUGCCGCGGCUGCGUGCUCCCGUGCGGCGACGACCAAGCGACCGACUCGGGCGGCGACGGCGACCUGCUCGAGAAGCAGCAACACGUGGUCGGCGUACGCGAGGCGAGCGCGCUGUUCGGGCGGGGCGGGGCGCUCCUGGCCGUCGACUGGGACCCCACGGCGCUGCACCUGCGGUACCAGACCGCCAGGGAGAAGUCGUUCGUGGAGCACGGGUCGGUGGCGGCGUGUCGCCAGGCGGCCGGCUGCGGCGUGGACCUGGCCAGCUGCCUGCGAGCCUUCACCGAGGACGAGCGCCUGGAGCAGCGCUACCACUGCUCCGCCUGCCGCUCGGCGCAGCCCGCCACCAAGGCGCUGCAGAUGUGGCGUCUGCCGCCCGUGCUGAUAAUCCACCUGAAGCGAUUUCAAUACGUUAACAACAAAUGGGUGAAGUCUCACAAAGCAGUGAACUUCCCUUUUGAGGAUCUUGAUCCAACGCCAUACCUCGCGUCGGUGCCGCAGGAGACCAUCCUCAGAAACCGAGAGCUUCAGUCCCGUCUCGUCGACGUAGACGAUGGAAGGGAAAUGAAUGAAAAUGAGGACGAGCGUGAUCGACAGAACGUGCAGAGGUGUGGCGGGCAUGAGGAUUCUCCUCUCGUAGACUUGGACGAGGAAGUUGGGGAUAAAAAUACUACGCCUGCGCAUGAGGAGCGCCUCGUGGAGGAAGACAACGAAACAAUGCGGCGGGAGGGCAGGCGGCGACGCCUGCAGUCCAGCAGUCUGCUGGCCACGCCUGUGCUGGAUGACCAGCUCGUGGACUUCCACCAGCACCGCCUGCUUCCCACCGAAGACCCAUUCGAUAUCAAGUAUCGGCUCUACGCUGUUGUGGCGCACACGGGCCAGCUGAGUGGCGGCCACUACGUGUCGUACGCGCGGCACCCCAGCGGCGUUUGGUUGUGUCACAACGACAGCGCGUGUCGCGAGGUGAGUCCGGCCCGCCUCGACCCCGCCGCCGCCUACCUGCUGUUCUACGAGCGGCGCGGCCUGGCCGACCACCACUACUUGCCUCCCGUCGCGUCCCCCGCCGCCCCCGCCGCCCCCGCCGACGACGACCCCGAGCGGGCCUGCGUGCUCGCCUAGCUCACACCGCCUGUGGCAGGCCACUGAUAAACGUUGUUAUAUAAGCUCACUUCAACCUCAAUACUGCAGUGAAAUAUUCCCAAAUCAUUUCUCGCGGGUGAUACGGCCGGUCUUGCCAUUAUACGCAAUAAAUUAAUUUAUUAUUUUUGACACAGUCUUUAAACAUUCCUAUGAAAUAUUGCAACAUAUUAAUUUUUAUUUACAAUAUGAAAAUUGCUUUUCUCUAGUAAUAUGUUAAAAGUGUUACAUAGCAAUGUUUGUUAUUACAUUAACAUGCUGGUACUGUAAACAAGUAUUUAUUUAAUUUAUAUAAAUUUUAGUUCACAAAUGCAAAUGUAUUUUAAAUUAUCCAAUGUGUAAAGAUUUUCUUUACAAAUGUACAAACAAUUCAACAGUACUUAAGUAUCUACAGUAUAGACUCCUUAAAGACACCUCGAUUGUAAACGACACAUUAAAAAGCCUGGGCGUGCACGUUACUGUGUAUCCGAAUGAGACGUGUCAUAUAAAGUUUUCAUUCUUUAACUGUUACUCACUUAUGAUCUUGAGAUAAUAAUAUCAACUCUAGUGGAGACCACUGGACAGGCUGUUUCAUUUGUUUGACAGCAUUUUUUUUAUGCCUAUUUGAAGCGCCACUCGGGAGCUUCCAGAAAACUAAUUUUGACGUAUAAUAUUAAUGGCUGCGAAGGAGCAUACGUACUCGGUAUACGUAAUCUUUGUAUUUUGAAUUACUUUCCUUAAUUUUCCGUGUUAUUUAUACUUCAAGAAUCAACGUAAUAAAGUACACAUUUUUUUUUGUGAUAACUUUCCCACCAUCUUUGUUUGCUGAGCUUGUCAUCACUAAUAUUAGUAACGCAUACUCUCACUACAUGGCCAACAGCGCCAAAAUGGCGAAUAUCAAACAGGCACAAAAGCACUUUGGACAGCCGCCAGUCCAGUAGUAUUACUAUAUACUUAGAGGUCAGUUGUGGAGACUGAAUGCAGUCAGAAAGUGCUGUGUGGUGACAUCUGUCACACGUUAUAGUCAGAUCAUGGUAAAUGUGAUUGAUGUUACUGUAUGAUGUUAUUAUUAUUCGUUUUUUAACACAUUAAUUAUUAUAGCAUAUGUUUAUGAGUUAAUGUUAAGGGUUUAUGUGUAAUAUUGAAUUUUGUAUAUAAGUGCUCAUAUUAUAUAUGUGUGUUAUUUAUUUUUAAGAUUAUUUUAUGAUGAAAUACGAACACAAAUUUAUAUUAAAUAGCCAAUGAUUUUUUUGUAAUUAUUAUAAAGAUUAUUUAAUAAUAAAUGAUUAAAUGUCGAUAUUAUAUCUGUAUUGA